AGACGUUCUUGCUCUUUUUCGCCGUUGUUCUGAACUUUUGGCAACCACGAGCCAAUCCAAUGGACCGCCCCUGCCUCUUGACACUCGAGCUAGUACAUAGUGGGCGUGGCUUUUCUGGUUGUGCGGCGUGCAGCGUGCUCAAGCCGUUUCAACUUGUCCCCGUCCUAAUGUCCUUCCCUCCCACUUUUCACCAUCUUUACCCAUGCAACCUGGAAGCUGCAGAAAAACCACUUGCACAUGUUGCAGAUGCACCGCGACGCAACAGAUUGCGCAUACUGCGUAGAGAUGGGUGCACACUCUCUGCACAUCUUUUCCCACUUUGCACAUCUGUACCUUAUUCGCACUUCGACCUCUCCACCACCUCCAUUCAUAACCGUAUACACUCCUCCCUGCACAGCAGUAGUGUACACUGUCCCACACGCUAAUACCACACACUCACACACACUCACACACACACUCACGACACUCUCGAGCUUUUAUGAAGACCUGACCUGAAUACACUACACACCCACGGAGCAUUCUCCCUCUCAGUCUUCCACGCACAACACAAUUACACUUUAAGUUCCUGCUAGCGUGACGUCCCUCUUCUACUUACUGUUCCACACCCACUCUUCUCCUUCUCUGUCUUGGACUUGUCGCCAUCCACUUCGUCCCACGGCGUGGCCCUUGUCCAUUUCUGGUUCCUUCACCCCUACUUCAUACUGCCCUAUUCCUAAUUUUGCUUCUUGUCCGGCAGUCGGACAUAGCUUCCCUCGUGUUUCGCCCAGUUCGUUGGACUCUGACUGGGUCUCAAGUUGCAAUUUCGGUCCUAACCUGCUCUGGAGAAGCUCCAAGGAAGCACGUUGGAAGCAACACACUCAAUCACUCAUCGUCUCUUCGAGCCUUCGAGGUGCUUGCAUCUGCAUCACGGACGGACACUCCUCGACUCGACACCUCGCCGCCGCCAUGUCCUCUCCUGUCUGUUUCCCACCUUACCCGUUGUCCCCGUUGCGGCUUGUCUUCCUUGCCCCCCGUCCUGCAGUAGACACCUCCAGCUGCAGACUACGGAGUAUGCGUACAUUGGCAGCUGCAGCAGUGCAGACAUCAAAACUCCACGUUCCCGGCUAGUACCUUGGACACUCUCGCACUGCCCAAGGCCGUUGCUUCCCAUGGGACAUCCCCGUUGCCCGACACAUGCACUCUGGUAGUCUAUCUGGUGCUAUCCGUCUUCUUACCACAUUUCCUGCCUUUGAUACUGAGAAGACCAUCCGUACCGGCUUCUCUUUCAUGUUCUUACUUCUUCUUCCUCUCAUAUCUACCUCAGUCUUCGUAACUAAGCUACGUAAACGUACCUUGAUACAAUCAAUCGAUACUCACAUCCUUCAAACGCCUUCCUUUUGCUGCCUCUAUGCUGGUCUAAAGAUACCUCAAGGUUUGUCUUCUUCCUCAGAUCUUCAUUCUUGUCCGUGUCGUACUCGACUCAGCUCGUCACCUUUCUGUUUCUAUCCCUCUCCCCCGGUUCGCCCCAACUCGUGCCGUCCCCCCCACACCCCCUGGUCUCUCUUCUCUCUCUGUGUCUUUUCCCACGUCUGCAUCCCCCCCUGUCAUACUGGCCCAGGGCCCAGGGCCCAUAGCCUCCCGGUCGAGAAAGAGUCAAGGCUCCCUGUUAGAAAACAGACCGACCUGCAUAUCGAAGCAACCGAAGGAGACCCCCAUGUCAAGUUCAAGUCGAGCUUUUUUCUUCCCUCUUCUCCAGUCGGGUUCCUCUCCACUGCAUAAGACAUAUAUAGCCUCACUGCUCGACUUCUUCGUCCAAGGUGCCAUUGUUUUACUAUAGCGUGGGACCUAUAGCUUCCCUGUCCUUGGCUAUAGCUGUGCCAGAUCUACUCCUGACCUGUACCAGCUGUCAUCUAUCCCUCACCCUCAGAACCCUGUCCCUUUCCUCUCAAUGGCUCACAUCGCAAGCUGUAUGCUCGAUGAAGGCGAGUCCGCCAACCCGCCGUAUAUAGCGAAGCCGCCCUCCCCACUACCCCCAAUGGAUUCGACAUCACAAACACCACCAUUGUCAUCAUCAUCAGAUCACAAGCCCUUCGUGUGGAGGAUGCACCACCCAGACACCCGGAAGUACCAACUCUUCCCAAAGGACCGCCAGCAACGGCCACCAAACAAGAGCCUCGACCCCGAGCAAGCCUUCGCCCUCGCCAUGGGACAGAACGACAAGACCGAGAAGCCCUGCACCAGCAGCGGUUCCCUCCGCCUGCGCAUCAAGGAACAUAACCUCAUUAGACGGCGUAAAGUCAGCAUCCCCGAAUUGGGCCCCAUGACGACUGUCCAAGAGGUUCCCAUGGAUUCACCCACUAUUCCGGGACGUCCACCGCUCCACGAGAGAUCUGUUAGCGCACCAGGACACCACAUCAAGCAGCACAAAUCGAACGGAUCCGUCUCGUCGAUAGCCGCGGCCGACGCCGAUAGAUCUGGUUGCACUACUCCAGCCCGCUCACCAGACCGACACCAACGAUCCACCUCAGAGAGCCAGACUCCCCGCCAACCCGCCUCGCCGAAGCAACUGGCGCCUCUCGUCAUUCCUACUCACAUUGGCAACGUGCCGCGUCUUGCCAGACAAAUCUCCCACAACCGCAUGCGAUCCGGCAGCACCGGUCAAGACUCUUAUCAGUAUUCCGCCCGCGCCGAUGAUUCACCUAGAUCACUUGCUCGAACUCCGUAUACGCCUUUGACCGCCUCCACAGCCCUCACGACCCCAUUGUCCGCCUGCCCAACUUUCAUGUCCGCCACAACGCCCGUGUCUGCUCCCAUUAUGGAGGAACGUAGCUCGACGAAGCCCUGGGAGUUGAACUACAGCCAAGACGCAUCCACCCCCGUCCAGCUCAAGAGCGAGAACUCUGCGUCACCUGGUAACGACGGCACACAAAGGCCGUUUGUUCACAGCCACAGGAGAGGUCAGUCUGAGUCUGGCAGUAUCAUGGACCGGGGACGGCCACGGAAGCGAAGCGAAUCACGAAACAACAACGGUCUCAUCCCCAAGCGAAGCUGUUCAACAAGAAAUAAGAGUGCUGAACGCCGGGCUUUUGAAGAGCUUCCUAGUGGUUUCCGAGCCGGCGAGGCACCCAGCCAUAUCGAGCAAGACGAACUGGCAGCUUUGCAAAAGCAGGCUUUCGGACAGGCUUCCCGAUUUGAGGUCCUCAGGAAGGAGGAUGUUGAGCUCCUUUCAAGGGAACUUCGUCAGCUCGAUGAGCGCACCGAGUAUCUGCGCCGCACCUACAACUCUCUGCGAGCUGGUCGGCGCAAUCUGCACUCUCGUAUCUGCCAGUACCUCCGCUCUCCUCGUACGGCUAGAUUUAGCACAGACUCGAUGCUUAAGCAAGAGGAAGCUCUUGCUGAGCUCGAUACGUCGAUCGACGAUUGGGUGAACAAGCUGGAACAGGCUGAGAACCGUCGUACACGGGUACGCCAAAAGCUUCUGGAACACGUCGCUGCUGCAGCUACCCUCCCCACUCCCGCCGCGACGGCCGCGAGCGAGUCAUUGCAACUCGCCAUGGGCAUCCGCCCGCCUCCACCAGUGGGUGUUGGAAACAUCUCCACUCCUCCUCGAAGCCCCACCAAGAACUCCUUCUCUUCGCACACUGCUAGCAGCUCCCCUUCACCACAACGGGUCGUUGCCCAGGUCCCCAGCACCAUCGUCGAGCAACCCGUGAUCGAGGAGUGCCCCGUUGCCUCGGUCGACAAGCAUGUCUCUUCCUUCAGCCACCGCCGCACCGGCAUGGAGAGCAUCCGCAUCUAUGCCGACAGCGACGUGUACGCUCUUCUGGCCGACGUGGAGAAUGAGAUCACCAAGAUGAGCGCCGCCGCAAACCAGACUGAGGCCACUGCGGCCCUGUCGGAUGACGAACAGAAGGAGAUCCAUCGGGCACGCAGCCAUGAGGCUCUCAGUGGGCUCGCAAAUGAGAAGCCCACCGACGCCAAGGACACCAAGGACACCAUCCCGUCUCCUCGCGCGCCUUCCCCUCCAGCCAAGGAUAGCCCGGCCGACGACGGAGCCAUCUUCCUCACUAGUGCCGUUUUCCGAGGCUAGGAGCCAGCCAGCCUCAGCUCUACCCCAUCUUACUUGUCCAAUACGGCAGCAGCAACUAUACUACAUUCCAUUUCAUCUCAAUCUUAUUCUGUUUCGAAACCGUUAUUCAUUUAACGCUUACGCUCCCUACGUCUCAAACGACUUCACGGCUGACCCAUUACAUUCCUUUCCCGAGAAGCGCCUUUAUUUCUUGCUACAUUAUCAUUACCAACUUGAUACCCGUCCGCGACGCUCCUUUUCUUCUGUUCUAUUACUAGUUGUUUCAUUUAUUGGCCGGCGCCACAUUACCACCUUCCCUUCAUCACAUUGUCGUUUCCCUAUAUCGAAAUCAUAUACUGCAUGGUCAUCUAUUGGGUGUUGGUGGCGCGAUCCUUUUCUUGUGGGAAAAUGUCUUGGCCCCGGCGUGGACAGACAGCCAUUUCUUUUCAUGUUACAAUACCGGUUGUGUGCAACCUUGUAAGCUAGAUCAUCACGGUCAGUGGUCGCAGUGUGCCAUCUGUACCGCAAAGUCCCUUCCCACGGGAAGAAGCGACAAUCAAAAGAAACAAAUUUUCAAAACCCGCAGUCAUCAAUUCUGCAAUACAAUAAACGUGAUCCCUUGAUGAGCCUCAUCAACACAACACUCUGACAGGGUUCCCGGGUCCCUGCCUCUGAC